AAAAUAGUCUUUAUAAUGGGCUGUUUCUUGCAGGCUGCUCAAACUGCGUUGCUAACCUAUAUUCGGUGGCCCCAAAAUACCUUCAAUAAAGAGAUUUCUAACAAAGGAAACCUUUUCACAUUGGUGGGGUUGAAUGGGGCUUGGCUAAUUGGUAAAAUACUGUGUAUUAGUGGGAGUUUUUGAGUGUUUUGUUUUAAUGUUUCUCCUACUCUCCUUGCAAACUAGCCAGAUCGUUGUGAUUUCAGAAUGUAAAUCUUGGGCUCAUUAAAUUUUGGCAAGUAGAAGAAAAAUCCCUCAAAUUCAUCUUUUGCUUUUCUUCCCACUUGCUCAAGUAUGUCUGUAUUCUUUGUGCCUGCAAGUAUCCCAUGUAGGAGGAAUUGAUGGAGCAGAUGUUAUUUCAGUUUUUAUAGUGAGAAGCAAGUCCAGGAAGGGUGAGAAUUACACCACAAGUACAUGGUACAGCCAAGAGCUGAGCCCUGGUUUCUUGACCCCCAACUUCCACAUAUUUUAUACCAGAAGAUUUUUGUGGUCCCCACACAUUGGUUCCUAACUACAGAUCCAAAAGAAAAAUAGACAUGUAGAUGGAUGGAUAGAUAGAUAUGUGGGCCUACCCUAGACCAAAUAAAUCAGAAUCUCUGAAAAUGAGGCCAGGUUUGGAAACCACUGCAAUACUGUGUGUUGGCGGAUGUGAACCUAAAUUCAGACCUGAGAGGCAGCAAGACACGAGUACCCUGGACUCGGACACAGGAGAAGCAAAGAGCACAGGCACUGGAGUGAGGACAUCUGGAUGCUGAUCCCAGCUCGGCUACUCACUGUGUGCGGUCCUGGAAAAGGCUCUCCCGGGAGCUUAGUGUUCUCUGUAAAAGAGAGCUUAUGAUAUUUACCCUGCCUCCCUCCCGGGGCGGCUCUAAGGAUAACAGAGAUAGUGAGGGGUCUGUGUAUGGAAACAAGCACUCGGAAGAUUAACAACGCACAGAUUCAAGGUGACAGGAAGAUCCGUAGCUGAAAGGAUUGGAAAGGUAGUAACUGCCACCGUUUCUGGAACACUUACUAUGUGCCACACAUUGUACCGUGAUAUGUUUUUUAAUUCUCAUGACAACCUUAUGUGGCAAAAAACAUUAUUAUUAUUCCUGUUUUAGAGAUGGGGAAACAGAGGUUCAGAGACAUUAAGUAACUUGCUUAAUCAAAAUCACACAGCUAAUAAGAGGCAGAGGCAAGGCCAGCGUUUGAACCCAAAAUCUAAGCCCAGAGCCCAAACGCUAAACCAACAUUGCUGAGAUGAAAUUGACUGGAGCUAACGAGUAUAGGAUAGAAGAGGAUCAUAUUAUUUUUCUUGUUUACUUAUUCAUUCAACAAACAGGACCCCAGUACCUACUCUGUUGCCUACUCUAUGCCAUGCCCUGUUCCAGGGGCUGAGGGGGAGAUGAAAUCAAUAAAAUGUGGUGUCUACAUUCAGGGAUGGAUCUUAUGUUCCAGGCAACGGGGCAGGAAGGCUACAGCUCUAGUCUCAGUAGCUGCUGGAUAGAGCCCUCCAUCACUGCAAAUGGAACCAUUUCCCAGCUCCGGCUCCUCAGCUGCCGGGGCCUCUGGACAAGGGACUGCACCAUCCUCCCUUCCCAGCAAGGGGGCUCCAGAGACUGCCCCAGCCAGGAAGUCUGGCGGCCUAGGCAUUCGGACAGUCCCUUGGUAAUGUCCAGGGCUCCGGGAAGAGAUGUCAUUGUGGCUGGAGGCCCCUGUGCCUGAUGUUUCUCCUGACUCUGCAGUGGAGCUGUGGGAGCCAGAUGCACAAGAUGCAAGUGGCCAGGAGCUGGGAGGCAGCAGCUGCAACCUCAGGGAGGAAGCCAGCAUGCCUCAAUCUACUGGGGGCACUUCGGGGGUGGGGCUGGAGGCAGCAGAGCCCACAGCCCUGCUCCCCGGGGUGGAGGCCCCUCCAGAGUCCACAGAGCUCCGUCCACAAAAGCGGAAAAAGGGGCCAGCCCCCAAAAUGCUGGGGAACGAGCUGUGCAGUGUGUGUGGGGACAAGGCCUCCGGCUUCCACUACAACGUGCUGAGCUGUGAGGGCUGCAAAGGAUUCUUCCGCCGCAGUGUCAUCAAAGGGGCCCGCUACAUCUGCCACAGCGGGGGCCACUGCCCCAUGGACACCUACAUGCGUCGCAAGUGCCAGGAGUGUCGCCUUCGCAAAUGCCGCCAGGCCGGCAUGCGGGAGGAGUGUGUCCUGUCAGAAGAACAGAUCCGCCUGAAGAAACUGAAGCGGCAAGAGGAGGAACAGGCUCAGGCCACAUCGGUGCCCCCGAGGGUGCCCUCAGAGCCCCAAGUCCUGCCCCAGCUCAGCCCAGAGCAACUGGGCAUGAUUGAGAAGCUGGUGGCUGCCCAGCAACAGUGUAACAGACGCUCUUUUUCUGACCAGCUUCGAGUCACGCCUUGGCCCAUGGCACCAGAUCCCCAGAGCCGGGAGGCCCGGCAGCAACGUUUUGCCCACUUCACGGAGCUGGCCAUCGUCUCCGUGCAGGAGAUCGUCGAUUUCGCCAAACAGCUGCCUGGCUUCCUGCAGCUCAGCCGGGAAGACCAGAUCGCCCUGCUGAAGACCUCUGCGAUCGAGGUCAUGCUUCUGGAGACAUCCCGGAGGUACAACCCUGGGAGUGAGAGUAUCACCUUCCUCAAGGAUUUCAGUUAUAACCGGGAAGACUUCGCCAAAGCAGGGCUGCAGGUGGAGUUCAUCAACCCCAUCUUCGAGUUCUCCAGAGCCAUGAAUGAGCUGCAACUCAAUGAUGCUGAGUUUGCUUUGCUCAUUGCCAUCAGCAUCUUCUCUGCAGACCGGCCCAACGUGCAGGACCAGCUCCAGGUAGAGAGGCUGCAACACACAUAUGUGGAGGCCCUGCAUGCUUACGUCUCCAUCCACCACCCCCAUGACCGACUGAUGUUCCCACGGAUGCUUAUGAAACUGGUGAGCCUCCGGACACUGAGCAGCGUCCACUCAGAGCAAGUGUUUGCACUGCGCCUGCAGGACAAAAAGCUUCCACCACUGCUCUCUGAGAUCUGGGAUGUGAAUGAAUGACUGUUCUUCCCCCAUAUCUUCUGUUUUCUGGGCUGCAUGGCUGAGGCCCCAUGGCUGCCUCCUAGAGGAGGAGCAGACUGAGAAGGGCAAACAUUCCUGGGACCUGGGCAAAAGAGAUCCUCAUAUGGCAUUAAAGGAGAGUCAAAGGGU